UUGUCCGCAGCUCUGCGCGAGGGGCGGGUCCAGCGCGCUCCCCUCCCCGAGCGGCGGGCGCUGAAUGAGAGGGACGCGGCGGCUCCGGCGGCUGAUCCGCAGCGGCUCCUCCAUCCUGGGAGGUGGCGCUCAGGAAUAAUAAUGUCUUUGUGGCCUUGGACGUGAAGCAGCCUUACAUUGCUAUUUGCAUAAGAGCAGGACUGAUGUGCGAAGCAUGGACCUCAUGAACGGGCAGGUGAGCAGUGUUAAUAUCGCUGCCACUGCUUCUGAGAAAAGUAGCAGUUCGGAGUCAUUAAGUGACAAAGGUUCUGAACUCAAGAAAAGCUUUGAUGCUGUGGUAUUUGACGUUCUUAAGGUUACACCAGAAGAAUAUGCGGGUCAGAUAACACUAAUGGAUGUUCCAGUAUUUAAAGCCAUUCAACCAGAUGAACUUUCAAGUUGUGGAUGGAAUAAAAAAGAAAAAUAUAGUUCUGCACCAAAUGCAGUUGCCUUCACAAGAAGAUUUAAUCAUGUAAGCUUUUGGGUUGUUAGAGAGAUUCUUCAUGCUCAGACAUUAAAAAUUAGAGCAGAAGUUUUAAGCCACUAUAUUAAAACUGCUAAGAAACUAUAUGAACUGAACAAUCUUCAUGCGCUUAUGGCAGUGGUUUCUGGCUUACAAAGUGCCCCAAUUUUUAGGUUGACUAAAACAUGGGCGUUAUUAAGUCGAAAAGACAAAACUACUUUUGAAAAAUUAGAAUAUGUAAUGAGUAAAGAAGAUAACUACAAAAGACUCAGAGACUAUAUAAGUAGCUUAAAGAUGACACCCUGCAUUCCCUACUUAGGUAUCUAUUUGUCAGAUUUAACUUACAUUGACUCAGCAUAUCCAUCAACUGGCAGCAUUCUAGAAAAUGAGCAAAGAUCCAAUUUAAUGAAUAACAUCCUUCGAAUAAUUUCUGAUUUACAGCAGUCCUGUGAAUAUGAUAUCCCCAUGUUGCCUCAUGUCCAGAAAUAUUUGAACUCUGUUCAGUAUAUAGAAGAACUACAAAAGUUUGUGGAAGAUGAUAAUUACAAACUUUCACUGAAGAUAGAACCAGGAACAAGUACACCACGUUCUGCUGCUUCCAGGGAAGAUUUAGUAGGUCCUGAAGUGAGUGCAUCUCCACAAAGUGGAAGAAAAAGCAUUGCAGCUGAGGGGUCCUUACUGCCCCAGACUCCACCUUCCCCUCGGAACCUGAUUUCUCAUGGACACAGAAAGUGCCACAGUCUGGGUUACAAUUUCAUUCAUAAGAUGAAUACAGCAGAGUUUAAGAGUGCAACAUUUCCGAAUGCAGGGCCAAGGCAUCUCUUAGAUGACAGUGUCAUGGAGCCCCAUGCACCAUCUCGAGGCCAAGCUGAAAGCUCUACUCUCUCCAGUGGAAUAUCAAUAGGUAGCAGUGAUGGUUCCGAAUUAAGUGAAGAGACCUCAUGGCCUGCUUUUGAAAGGAACAGAUUGUACCAUUCACUCGGCCCGGUGACAAGAGUGGCACGAAAUGGCUAUCGAAGCCACAUGAAGGCCAGCAGUUCAGCAGAAUCAGAAGAUUUGGCAGUACAUUUAUAUCCAGGAGCUGUUACAAUUCAAGGUGUUCUCAGGAGAAAAACUUUGUUAAAAGAAGGCAAAAAACCUACAGUAGCAUCGUGGACAAAAUACUGGGUGGCUUUAUGUGGAACACAACUUUUUUAUUAUGCUGCCAAAUCUCUAAAAGCUACAGAAAGAAAACAUUUCAAAUCCACAUCAAAUAAGAAUGUGUCAGUGGUGGGGUGGAUGGUGAUGAUGGCUGAUGACCUUGAACACCCAGAUCUCUUCUUGCUGACUGACUCUGAGAAAGGAAAUUCAUACAAGUUUCAAGCUGGCAACAGAAUGAAUGCAAUGCUGUGGUUUAAACACUUGAGUGCAGCCUGCCAAAGUGAGAAACAACAGGUUCCUACAAACUUGAUGACCUUUGAGUAAAAGCCUGAAAGAACAGAAAGGUGAACUGUUGUUCCCAAGGGAGCAGGGACCUGACAGAGCGCGCCAGCUAUCAACCAGUCCUGUGCCAGGAGACCUGGGGCCCCCAGCUCUGCCUCUGGAGUUCUGAACCAAAAACGCACUCAUUUCAGGGAAAAAAGUGAAAUAUUCCCAGAGAACAAGUCUUGAGUUGCAGAAACUGCCAUGGACCAUGCCUCUUAUCUCUGAACUGACCUGUGGAAACCACUGCCUUAAAAGAGUGAAAGGAAAACCAACGUGCAACACCAAAUAGUUUGUGUGAAUCUUCUGGCGGUGCUGUGCUCGGAAUAGAUUGUAGCUAAUUUGCAUUUCUUUUAACUUUGUACUGAUUUUGGAGGGGGGAAUUGCCAUUUUUUAAUAUACACUUUACAAAGGAAAAACAUAUCUCUUGUGGGUUACCUACUGAUUGUUAGCAGUUGGUUUUGAACUGUGUAUAAAGAUGCUUUAACUUAGUAGGGUCUUAUCAGCAACUUGCCUAGAAGGUAUAUUGAGCUCCAUCCAUCUCCAGCCUCAUUGUCUUCUCACAGCAAGAAGAGGAGGUGUUAGAAAUAUUAAUAAUGUGAGUUGUUGUGGGUUGGAGAGCUUUGAUUUUUUUUGGAUAAGUGAAGGAGGUUGUUUGCUUUGUUUGUUUUUCUCUAACACUAAACUUCUGAAAUUUAGUACUUUAUGGGGAACAUGAUUCCUUGCAGGGGGUGUAAAAUUGUAAAAGGCUGCGUGUUCAGAUGGCAAAUCUUUUUUUUUUUCAAGUGGGCUCCAGAAGAUGUGAUUUGUCAGAUUUAAUCUUCCAUGAGAUCAUUGUUGGAUCACAGAUUCAAUUAGUAGAGAACUGUAAUUCCAACCUAAACUUUCCUAAGAAAUGUUUACAAUUUUUUUUCCAAGUUAAUUGAAUUAGCCCUGCUGCCAGUCACAGGUAAUUUUUACCAUCAAGGUGAUGUAUUGAUUUCUUGGGAUAUUUUCUUUUACAGUGUUUAAUGUGCACAAUGCCAGUUAGAAUUUUAGUGUUCCUUUUCUAUCCUUUUUGUUUGUUUAAAUAUGAGUAUAUUACAAGUCAUACAAAAUUUCAAAAGGGAUAGAGAUUAAAACUUGAGAUUCUGGAGAUUUUAAGUAUCAAAACUUUGCUGCUUGACUCUAUAAGAAUGAAUUUUUCUGAAAACUUACUACAGAUUCUUACCUUGAAACAAUGUUCUGUAAUUCUGUUUACAUAGAAAAAUAUGUCAUAACUUUUCCAACAACUCAGUAGUUGACCAGCUAGUUUUGUAAGAGUUACCCUAGGUAAGGAUACAAUUAAUUUCAAAUUUUAAUAUUGAAUUACAAAAACAGAAGAUUUGGAAAUGAGGUGCCCAGAGUAUCAACCAAAAAUGGCACUUGAGCAUAAGUUUUAUGUUGGGUGUUACAAACUCACAAGGCAUCUAAAAUCUUAGCAGUGGCUCAGAGUCAGAAUUGUUUUAUGAUUGGUGUUUCUAAUAGAAUUCUGUCACUUUGGAUUUCACAUAAAACAUCUCACAUUUGUAUUCCUACAAAUUUUACACUUUUUUUAAAAAUUCUGAGUAUUAUCCUCUUGAAUCUGUGAAACUCAAACAAAAUAUUGCCCACACAAGAAUUAAGUAAGAGUUAGCUGAGCAAAAAAUACUUUUCUGAGGGUUCAGGUUUUUUUAUUAUUUCUUUUUUUGUUUGGAAAGGACAUUAAGAAUUUAAUUUUUUUAUAUGUAAGUACUGUGAUUCCUGAUUUUUGUGGAAAGUUGACAUGGGCUAGAGUAAGCAAAAUGUGUGCAUUUAAUGUUGUUUCAGUUGAGAUGCACCUGAGUUGAGUGUGAGAUGAGAUCAUUUGCAUAGCCAGCAGUAUUAAGUAGCUGUUGCACAUACUAGUUUUGGUUUGCAUUUUUUAAUCCACUAGUUUGUACAUUCUGCUUCAGAAAUAACCAUUUUAAACACUGUAUGUGCUUUUGAAAAGAAUGUUGUGGAUAAGAGCCCUGCAGAUUUCAUAAUACUGUCAUAAAUAAGCUAAGCUUUGUGGCAGGUUAACUAUAUUUGUGAGACACGCAACUAGAAGUCAGAGUUUGUCAUCCAUCAUGCAGUGUUGCCAAAGAGAGAACUAAACUGAAAAAUGUGUAUGAUAAUAUCAGCUCUAAAUAGUAGCAGAUAAUUGCACAGAUUAAGAACAGUGUUCAGUGUGAUGAAUGAGCUUUUUAUAGAAUUGUAGCUUCUGACUGACUGAAAUUCUUAACAGUGGGCUAAAAAAGACUGCUUUGCUUCUCUGUCCAUUCAGAAAGAUUACUUGUUUAUUUUCAAAGUUAUUUUAUCACUUGAAGCAACUGGAAGCCAGGAGGGGGAGGGAGAGUGAAUUAAACUCUUUAUGAAUUUUUUAUCAUUCAUAAAAGACAUAAUAAUUCAAGCAAGUAAAGAAAAACACCAAAAUACAUAGAAUAAUCAGGCAGCUUUUUAGUGGAAAGAUUACAUUUUUCCCUUUUUAGCCUGCCAUUAACAAACUCAGAAAUGACAAAAAAAAAGUUCUAAAUUUUCAUCAAUAGUCAAGAACUCAUUUAGGAAUUUCACUAUUAUUUGACAUGUAAGCUAGUUUAUAGUAAGCAUAAUAAAAGGCCAUUAUACUAACUUGUCUUAGCAGCAUGUGACACUGGCCAAAACACAAUUUUUGAGGUACAUGUUAUCUAACAAAUUAUUUUGAACAUGAAGGUUUUUUUUUCAUACAGAAGUAACAUAACUGUUUUUAAAAUAUGGGGUUGCCAGAAAGUCAUGGCAUAUUUUUCUGUCUUUUUCUAUGCAAAAAUGUGUCAUGACUUGGAACAACCCAAAACAACUAUAAAAGUAACUGUACCUUUCUAAGUACUGGUUUUAGUUUCAUGCCCCCUCUGAUUUCAAGCUCUACUUAUUUUCUGAAAAGUAUUAUCUUCACUGUGACCUCCAAACUCUAGGGAUUUAAAGAGAGCUGAUUAAACACCCUCCUAGUUCAUUUUGUUCAUUAUAUAAAUCUCACCAAUUUAAGCAUCACAAAAAGGGAUGGUAACAGUUCUAAGUAUAUUUUUUCCUCCCUGGGCAUGUGCUUCAAGUGACAGUGUUCUUCCUGGAAAUGCUACAUCACCAUUGCAUUACCUUCUGUAUGGACUAUUCUGGCACUUGUGGGGGCUGGGGAUAAUGUCUGGAGCUACAAGAUUUUAAUUAGUGGCUUUUAUUCCACUUUUAGAAAAAUACAGAGAGAAACACAAGAAGUGCUGUCAUGAAAGAGUAGAAUGUUUACAGUUUCCCCUGUCGACACACCGUUCCUUGAAACUGGGCCCUUCUAAGAAUAGCCUGUUAAUCUCUCAAAUUAUAUGAAUUUAUCUGGCCAAAGUAUUUGAGCAAUUGUUUUAUUUUUUAGAUUAAAUCUUUACAGAAUUAAGGACAUCACAGUAAUUGGAUAUCCAUAGUCACAAUAGGUUUAAUUCAUUGAUUUUUAAAAGAAUAUUUCUGCUAUUGACUUCCUAUUUGUUGAGGACACAUUCUUUUACAACCAGUUUUGAGGCCACUGUGAUAUUCCUUCUGGAAAAAGGAAGUCCUAAUAUUAUUUAGCAGAAAAUAUUUUUUCAAUAAAAUCCUCUGCUUCAUAGACUUGAGAUAACUGGAUUCCAUUUUGGAAAAGGAAGCUGAGCUUAACUGGGUGGAAUAGUACUGCUGCUGUGUGAGUAGAUAGCACGAGCAAGCAGUGAAGUGUGUAUGACAUCAGUGAAAAGGUGUGUGAGGCUUUGCUUUUAUUUUCUCUCUUUCUUGGAAUAUUUUCAGAUAUGUUGAUGGUAACUUUACGAUUUUGCAGCAAGAGCAUUGUCCUGGUUUUGUUUUAAGCUCUGAGGUAGCAACAUUGUUAUUUAAUCAUAUUGAUGACCUUUUUUUUUCAUGUAAAGUCAAUUCAAAAUGGAAAAUUUUGAAAUCCUUUUUGGUUUUGUGUCCCAAAAAAAUGGCUUGUGUCUAAAGAAUAUUUUCCAUCUAGAGGAUUUAAUGAAAGAGACCUAUGGACACUUAAAACCUAAGAUUGUUGAAAGCAAUUUCCAGGCACCAGUAUCUCAAGUUGUAGCAUGGAGAGAACUUGGUCAGUGCUUUAUCAAUUUGAAGACCAAUUUUAGGGCCUCCAUUAUGACAAUAAUCACUCACUCUCCUACUCCUUUUAUUUCAGGAGUGUGUGCUACCCCUCUAUCCACCAACUUACUCUUUCUCACAGUAAGUCCAAGGAAAUCUGUACAGAGACCUCAGGCAGUGUUUACAGUUCUCCUUGGUUUGGAAUCUGUUUGGACAAGCUCCCUCCUGGCUCCUCACCUUCAGGGAUGGUGAUUAAAAAUAAUCUCUCCCAAAACAAGCCUUUUGAUGAGCACUCAUAACAAUAACUUUCAAGAGCAUAAAUACAGCUGCAUUCAUUGUUAUUUUGUUCUUGACAUCAUUUUGAGCAUAGAUUUAAUUAUAAGGCCUAUUAGGAAAUCCCUAAAAGUAUCCGAUAAAGUCUGAAAGUGUUGUUUUGAGUUUUGUUUAAUGAAAUACUGUAUGAGAGUUCCUUUGGCCAGAAGUAAGAUUCAGUCUAAUUCAUUUCUUAUGUUUAAAUAAGACUCAGAACAAAUAAGCAGUCAUUUAACCUAAUGGUUAUUGUUUACUUGAAAGUAAUUUGGCAGGAAAGCAAUAAUGCUAAGGAGGAAAUCAAAAGGGAAUGUAAGAGACAAAACUAGCUUUCUUGGUAAGAACAAAACUUGAAAAUAUUUUCUCUUCAAAAUCUGGAGCUACUGUUACCCAGCUGAAUCAAGGUGACUUUUCAUAUUUUUUAAAAGGGCUAGUGUAUUCUAUAGGGGCAAGUAAGUAUAUAGUCUUUAAGGUCAUGAAAGGUUAACUGGUCCUUGAUGGUUAUUAGAAUUUAAUUUCAUAUUCUAGGCCUUUGGGCAAAGUGACAUUAGUAUUAAAAGGGUAUCUACUUAGAGCCCUUUGAGAUUGAACUUAAUAGACAAGCAGAAAAUUUCGUAAUACUACCUUUUAUGCAAGGCACAAUAUGUUAAGUUCUUCCUAAAGAUAUCACCUAGUUAGAACUAUUCCCAUAGUCCAGUAAGGAUUGACUUGUCAAAUACAACAGGGCAGCUGCUAAGUCACCAAACACUCAAGACUUUUUAGUCUUGAUUACUAGAAAAUCCAUGACUUUAUUGACUAUAGAAGUGUGUGUGUUGAGAGGGGGUGGCAAACUGGUUCAUUAUGUAGUCUAAUGGAGAUCAGCAUCUGUGCAAUGAUGUGAAGAGAUGCCAGAAAACACAAGCCAUUUUUGUUCUCCUUUAUCCCUAUUGACUUGAGAUUCCCUAAUGCUGAAACAAGAUCGCACUAUGAUCUCCUUGUGCACUGUGACCUCUGAGAGGGAUGUGUAACUUGUUUCACUUUCUGUUCCUGUUUAAUAUACAAAUGUGAGUGUGAGAUCUUCAGUGUGUUUGCAUAAGGUAACUUAAAAUGAAUUUAAGUACAGUUUUCUGAAAUAUUUCUAUGAAAUAAAUUAAUUUAAAAAGUA